UCCGGGUCGGGACGCGGCGAGCGGAGUUUGCUGUUAAUUCGUGUUUCUGCGCUCCUUGUUGCAAUGAGCUUUCUCAAAAGUUUCCCGCCGCCUGGGUCGGCUGAGGGGCUCCGGCAGCAGCAGCCAGAUACUGAGGCCGUGCUGAACGGGAAAAGCCUCGGCACCGGCACCCUUUAUAUCGCUGAGAGCCGCCUGUCUUGGUUAGAUGGCUCUGGAUUAGGAUUCUCACUGGAAUACCCCACCAUUAGUUUGCAUGCGGUGUCCAGGGACCUAAAUGCCUAUCCACGAGAGCAUUUGUAUGUUAUGGUGAACGCCAAAUUUGGAGAAGAAUCAAAAGAAUCUGUUGCUGAUGAAGAAGAGGAAGACAGUGAUGAUGAUAUUGAACCUAUUGCUGAAUUUAGAUUUGUGCCUAGUGAUAGAUCAGCCUUGGAGGCCAUGUUCACUGCAAUGUGUGAAUGCCAGGCUUUGCAUCCAGAUCCUGAGGAUGAAGAUUCAGAUGAUUACGAUGGAGAAGAAUAUGAUGUGGAAGCACAUGAACAAGGGCAGGGGGACAUCCCUACAUUUUAUACCUAUGAAGAAGGAUUAUCCCAUUUAACAGCAGAAGGCCAAGCCACACUGGAGAGAUUAGAAGGAAUGCUUUCUCAGUCUGUAAGCAGCCAGUAUAACAUGGCUGGAGUCCGGACAGAAGAUUCAAUAAGAGAUUAUGAAGAUGGGAUGGAGGUAGAUACUACACCAACAGUUGCUGGACAGUUUGAGGAUGCAGAUGUUGAUCACUGAAAAUGAUUGAUGCUGCUUUAGGAUUCUGCUCAUAACUGUAGGAGAGAACUUGGUGCCUCUUCCACUGUGGAGUGGGUAUUGAUGAAAGUCUUUUUCCUUCUCCAAAACUUACCUGAACCAGUUCUUUCUUGAGACAGAUUAUACUGAGACAACAAGUUGUCACCAGCACAAGAAACUAUGACCUUUAUUAACAAAGGUGAAUUAACUUAACCAAGAGGGUAUUUGUAGUUUAUCAUUUAUUCCAACACUUUGUGUCUAGGUGUACCCUCUGUAGGCUUAUAAUUGCUGCCUUCACUAUAUGCAUCCUCAUAACCUAGCAGGACUACAUGGUGGAAAUGCAGUGGCACUUGAAGGUGUAGGUAGACUGCAUGGGAAAGAGAGGGGCUGAAUACAAGAUAUACACCUGAGGGCCUAAGAAUACCCUUACUCCUUAAAAAAAGAAAAACAGAGAUCUCAGAUAAAUCCUGGCCUAUGCACGGUCUCCACAGGGAUAAAGGUCUUUUUACUAAUUGGGAACCCAGAUUAAUUAACUCUAGGGAGCCUCUUCAGAAACAGCCCAGCCACACAUACUACCACUAACACAAGUGCUUUUGCCUAGCCUUUGCUCCUUUCACCAUGUUUCACCAGUCUGUUCUCUUAUAACCUCUUAGGUUAUAUCCUUUCAUUUCCAACCUCUUAGGUCAGUUUCUGUAAAAGAACAAGUAAAAUUGGGAUGAAGUUCUCAAAGUACUUCAGAUAAUUGUUUUGUCUUUGUAAUAGCUUAACAAAUAAAUCUAGGUUUUCUAUAUUGUGCUCUCAUUCUUUUUUCUUUUAAUUAAUUUUUAUUGGAGUAUGGUUGCUUUACAAUGUUGUGUUAGCCUCCACCGCACAACAGAAUGAAUCGGCCAUACGCAUACAGAUAUCCCCUCCCUUUUGGACUUCCCUCCCAUUUUCAUUC